AUGGAUACUAGUUACGUUCCUAACAACCCCCAGUUCGGCUUACAGUUGGAGUGCAACUGGGGUGGUUCUUCCACGGGGCUACAGCAGGUAGCUCCUUGCACAGACGACCUAUCAUCUUGUUGGAGCGAAGAUAUGGGUUCCUUAUCCCUUCCUCUGGAUCUGGAACCGUUGCCAAGUCUCUUCAACAUCUCACCUUGCAGCAGUGGUACAAAUGGAAAGUUGUCAGUUCCAAACCAAAUGCCUGUAACGUUUCGCGAAACAACCAAACAACCAGCAGAUGUAGCGGACGUGCUAUUGUCCUUGAAACACGCCGUGGUCCAUCCUGGACAGAGUCCUACUGACAAAUUUGAAGCACAACACUACCACCCACAAAUGCUCCUCUCUCCAGGAGGAUAUUCUGGUGGUUUUUGCGACCAGACUUUCACCCAACAGCCCCCGAUGUUCCCCAGUAUGUCAGUGAAUGUCUCCAUGAAUAUGACCAUGCACGGUUACCAUCCCAAUAAUGGUUGUGGAUAUUCUACUACGGAUCUUUCUUGUCCGCAGGUACAGUGGAAUAGCGCCUCUCAACCAAACACACAGAGUUACCAGAGCCAGGGUCUGUUAAGUCCUUCAUAUGGAGGAGCAACUUAUUCGUUCACGGCCGAUUUUAGGCCGCCACAAGAAACGCCAGUUUUAACCACCACUACCUACAAACCCGUACCCAUGUGCUUUUCGUCACCGAGGAGAAGGCACAGCAUAAGCUUGUUGGAGGAAGAGAGUCAAAAACCCAACGUAUGCCGAAUAUGUGGGAAGAGCUACGCCCGGCCCAGCACUCUGAAGACCCACCUGCGCACCCACAGCGGCGAAAAGCCCUACCGCUGCAUCGACUGCAACAAGUCCUUCUCGCAGGCGGCCAACCUGACGGCGCACGUGCGCACCCACUCCGGGGAAAAGCCGUUUCGGUGUCCGGUGUGUGACAGGCGCUUCUCCCAGAGCUCCUCGGUAACGACGCACAUGCGCACGCAUUCCGGAGAGAGGCCAUACAGGUGCAGGUUGUGCAAAAAGGCCUUCUCGGACAGCAGCACCCUCACGAAACAUCUAAGGAUACACAGCGGGGAGAAACCGUACGAAUGCAAAUUGUGUUUACUCAGGUUUAGUCAGAGUGGUAACCUAAACAGGCACAUGAGGGUCCACGGCACCAACGGAAUGCCUCCAUGA